AUGGCGGCCUUCUUCAAAACAACCUCCUGUCAGGAAUCGCUGCACCAGCAACAAGACGAUAGCCGAGGUGUGGACGCUCUAGCGCUGCUCGGAAGGUCCUCCAACGAUCGCAACCCGAUCAUUGAGUCUGUGCUCGCGCAGGCAGCAGGCUCAAAGUACAAUCAAUGCCUUCUUGCAAUUCUGGCAGGUGUCGAAAUCAACAAAUUGGAUGACUUGCUGGCAAAGUUCUGGUGGGAGAUUUUCGACCGAUCUGAAUGCCACCUGGCAGUCGAAGGCAACAUCAAAGAAGUUGACCAUGGUGGCAAGCCCUGGGAAGUGAGUCUAGUUUCUCGUUGCUUCCCAUGGAAUGCUGCUUUUCGAUGA